AUGGGCACCACACCUAAGUCUAGAGAAUCAAGCAAUAUUGAUAUGUCAAAACUGAUUUCUGAAAUGUCAAAACUUUCCUCACCUCCAUUCUCAUCUCAUCCCUUGCCCAUUUCUUUCAAUAUCUCAUCGUUGUUCCCAGUUCCUAUGGAUCGCACCAACUACUUGAGUUGGAAAUCCCAAUUUGAAGAUGUAUUGGAGAUGCACGGCCUUGCAGCAGUCGUCAAGAACAACAUAGACCCACCCAAAGUGCAAGAAGAUGGAUCUGUGCACCCAGAGUUAGCCAAGGAUAAACUGGUCCUGAGUUGGAUCAAAGCGACUUCCUCUUCUUCCAUCAAGACACUUCUCAUCCCUUGUACCAUUGCUCAUCAGGCCUGGACCAUGGCCAAGCGCCUCUCACCUCUUGUUAGUACCCGUGUACGGAUUCUUCGAGACCAAAUUCGCACUCUCAGAAAGGACACCAACACAACAGUGACUGAUUAUCUCAAUUAUGCCAAAUCACUCUUUGAUUCCCUCACACAAGCUGGCGCAACAAUGGACGAUGAUAAACUCAUCAGUUAUGUUCUGGAUGGUCUUGGUCUUGAAUACAAAGAGUUAGCCACAACACUUCACUUGCAUCCAGAUAUUGAUUUCAAUAAAUUCUACGAUCUAGCUUUAAGGGAAGAACAUUUACAGAAAAGAAUGUCUCUCACCGUUGCUUCAGGGGUUGCUAUGGCUGCUGAUCGGAGGUCCACUGAGCGCAACUCUAGUCCAAACUCCAUUGGUCAAAAUCCAACUCAUUCCUACGGUUUUGGGAGAGGACGCGGGCGCGGCAGAAACUGGAAUCAAGGACACAAUGGACGUGGAUCAGGGAGAGCAAAUCCUUGGGAAUCAACCCAAGGGAAUUGGGUUCCAGAUCGCCGUACUCAGUCUCACGACUAG